AUGGCGACAGAAAACGGUGCAGUUGAGCUGGGAAGCCAGGGCCCAUCGACAGAGAAGGAUCCUGGUCCCUCAAAAGUAGAGAAAGGUCCUGGUCCCCCGAAUGCAGAGAAGGAUCCUGGUCCCUCAAAAGCAGAGAAGAGUCCUGGUCCCCUGAAUGCAGAGAAGGAUCUUGGUCCUCCAAAUACAGAGAAGGGCUCACAGCAGAAUUCUGGUCCCCCAGAUCCAAAAAAAGAAUCUGAUUCCUCCAACCUGAAGAAACAUGCCCAAACUCCCACUUUAGAGAGAGGGGAUGGCACCCUGGCACAGCCCUUGGCUAGCAGCCAGGGCCCUGAGAAAGAGGGAGGCCUGGGUAAGGGGCCUGCCGAGGGUAGCACUGGGCAGGCAGCGAGCCUGCCCCAGCAGACUGCAACCACUGAGGCCAGUACUCCGAAGCCCACUUCUGAGCAGGUGACCCCAGGCAGCCAGGAGCCUGGAGAGCCCAAGGCACCUAAGACGGCAGCAGAGGGCCUGACUGCGGCCAGGAGGGGCUCGCCGGCCUUCCUGCACAGCCCCAGCUGUCCUGCCAUUAUCUCCAGCUCUGAGAAGCCGCUGGCUGAGAAGCCCCUAAGUGGGGCCUUGGACCUCGUCUUUGAAGGGGUGCCUGUGACCCCUGGUCCUGCAGAGCCAGGGCCAGCCAAGGUGGCAGAAGGAGGGAAGCACACCCUGGAAGGGGGCCAGAAGGAAGCAGGAGAGGCAGUCCUAGGCCAGGCUGGCCAGGCCAAGGUGCAAGGGGACACCUCAAGUGGCAUCGGAUUCCAGGCUGCUCCCUCGGAGAGAUCGGAGGUGGGGCAGGCCCUCUCUCUCACUGCCAGGGAAGAAGAUUGCUUCCAGAUUUUGGACGAUUGCCCGCCGCCCCCUGCCCCCUUCCCACACCGCAUCGUGGAGCUGAGGACUGGCAAUGUCAGCAGCGAAUUCAGCAUCAACUCCAAGGAGGCGCUGGGAGGGGGCAAGUUCGGAGCCGUCUGCACCUGCACAGAGAAGUCUACUGGCCUCAAGCUCGCUGCCAAGGUCAUCAAGAAACAGACCCCCAAAGACAAGGAGAUGGUGAUGAUUGAGAUUGAGGUGAUGAACCAGCUGAACCACCGCAAUCUGAUCCAGCUCUACGCGGCCAUGGAGACAUCGAACGAGAUCAUCCUGUUCAUGGAGUACAUUGAGGGCGGCGAGCUCUUCGAGAGGAUUGUGGAUGAGGAUUAUCAACUGACCGAGGUGGACACCAUGGUGUUUGUCAGGCAGAUCUGUGACGGGAUCCUCUUCAUGCACAAGAUGCAGGUUCUGCACCUGGACCUCAAGCCAGAGAACAUACUGUGUGUCAACACCACAGGCCACCUGGUGAAGAUCAUCGACUUCGGUCUGGCGCGGAGGUAUAACCCUAACGAGAAGCUGAAGGUGAAUUUUGGGACCCCAGAGUUCCUGUCCCCUGAGGUGGUGAAUUACGACCAAAUCUCCGAUAAGACAGACAUGUGGAGUAUGGGGGUCAUCACCUACAUGCUGCUGAGUGGCCUCUCCCCGUUUCUGGGAGAUGAUGACACGGAGACUCUAAACAAUGUUCUGUCUGCCAACUGGUACUUUGAUGAGGAGACCUUCGAGGCUGUGUCAGAUGAGGCCAAAGACUUUGUGUCCAAGCUCAUUGUCAAGGACCAGGGGGCCCGGAUGAGCGCUGCCCAGUGCCUCGCCCACCCCUGGCUCAACAACCUGGCAGAGAAAGCAAAGCGCUGUAACCGACGCCUCAAGUCCCAGAUCUUGCUGAAGAAAUACCUCAUGAAGAGGCGCUGGAAGAAAAACUUUAUUGCCGUCAGCGCUGCCAACCGCUUCAAGAAGAUCAGCAGCUCAGGGGCACUGAUGGCUCUGGGGGUUUGA